AUGGUUCGCUCGACUCUACUCGGGCUUGCCUUUUUUCAUAUUCUGCCUGCCCUGGCAGAGGUUUCACGUGGAACCAAAAACUGCACUUGCGGCUUCUACGACAAUCAGACCGAGGAGCUCUACACUGACUCCAUCAUUGUGUAUUUCAAUGAAACAACAGGGCUGCCAUUUGAGUUUGUUGCCGAGGAAUUUGAACAAAACUAUGUCAAGGACUGGAAUGCAAUUUUCCGUUCUGGCGCCACUCCAGACAACCUACACGACAAUGACCAGUCUCUGCAGCUGGUAGUCCAGCCAUCGACAGACGAGCAUCUUGUCAGAGGCGCUAGUCUUCGCACCAAGAGGCGCGAUAUUCAACAUGGCUCUUUCCGCACCUUGAUCAAGCCUGCAGACCAAGAUGCUCCAGGAACAGCUGCUUCCAUGAUGUGGAAGUACAACGAGACCGAAGUGACGGAGCUUAGUAUUAUGAACAAUCCUCCUUCUCGGGCUGAGCCAUGGGUUGGCACGUUUGUCAACAACGAGUUCACCACACACGACCUUGGAGCAAACUUUAGUCAGCUCAUCCGCAGCACUGCCGCCAACAAUAACUACACCACACUUGGCGGCGGGCUAAGCAACGGCAGCAUUAACCCAUGGGACUUCACCGAGUACCGCAUCGACUGGACUGCAGACUAUAUUGAUUUCUACAUUGGUGGUAAUCUGACUCGUCGGGUGCUGCAUAAGGACAACAAGGGCAUGCCAUCAGUCCCCUCAGCCCUCUACUUCAAGCAUUGGUCGACGGGUAACCGCUACUCCAUGGGCGGGCCUCCUCGGCGCACCGAAUCGAUUGCCGAAAUUGGGUGGAUUCGCAUUUUUUUCAACUCGUCAUUGAUGAACGAAGACUCUCGUGAAGACUUUGUUGCACGCUGUCCUCUGACUGAUGCUUGCUCCAUGGACGACUUUGAACUGCGUGGCUCCACCUCGUAUGCAGAAGACGCCACAAAGAAGUGGAGGCAGCACGGGAACAGAGACAUUAGACGCAUGCCGGCACUAUGGAUCUCUAUAUCCUGUCUUGCACUUUCGACCAUUCUCCUUGUACACACGCUCAUCCGACGCUUAGCACCAAAGGUCAAAAGUGAGCCUCCUAAACCAGCACCAGCACCAGCGCCAGCACCAGAGCCAUCGCUGGCUCAGGCUAUCAAGAGCCCAUAUGGUCAGAGUCUACACUCAUUUUCAUCUUCCGAUAGCACGCAACGUCCGGACACUCGUGGCCAGACUCCCUCAAUGAAACACGGUUUUGAUGAUGACUUGACCAUCGAAAGGAUCGAUACAAGGCCGGGCUCAUCAACACUUGGAGGCAGCACGCCUAGAAUUGGCCGAUCACGCCACAGCUCUAUCGCUAUGGACAGCCGUGCAACGACGCCUUACAACAGCAACUUCCAUACCAGUCGCGAGGACCUUUUCGCUCCUGUGCCGCCUCUGCCAGGAAUGCGUACGCUCAAUCACCAUGAUUCAUCACUCACGCUACGCGAUCCACGAAUCACACAAGUGUCACGACCUGACAAGAUUGUAAUGGAGACUGUGACUGAGUCUGCUCUGCCAGCUCCCCGUAUGCGUCCGCAGCCUCCCCCGGUGCGAAACCGUAUCGACCAUCUUGCUGGUCUUACAGCACUCUGCUCGCUCGUCGUCACGCUUAUGCACUUUGGCCUUACCUUUUUGCCUGCUCUUGUCCAACCGGGUGCGGAUGCACACAAUGCUUCGGAACCCUGGGCGCAAAGGAUCAUUGGCCCGUUCUUGCUCAACCAGAUGUGGCUCGGUGUCUUUUUCACCACGUCAGUUCGUUUCCUGACCGCACCGUACCUUCGCAAAGGCAAGAUGGAAGAAUUGGCCAAGGCAGCUGUGCGUCGAACACCGCGUCUCAUGAUUCCUGUUGCGGCGGUCGCGUUGAUGGAAUACUUUCUCAUCGACGUUGGUGCCACGAGGUUUCUUCAAUACAUUCCCAGUAUUACCUGGUCCAACUGGCCAUACGUCACGCGCUUCGAACAUUUCGGCCAGUACAUUUCUGAAAUUCUGGAGCUCAUCUUUCUCAUCCCCAAUGCUGUUCCACAGAUUACUCUGCAUUUCUGCACUGGUGUGCUCUGGACCAUUGCCGUGCAACUCCAGGGCUCGUGGCUUGUGCUGCUCGGCGUCCUGGUUGUGUACGAAAUCAAGACACCGUGGAAGCGCAUGUGUUACUACGCUUUCUGCCUCGUCAACCACUGGUAUGCACAGUCCUGGGGCACCUACCUUUGGCUCGGUCUGCUGCUCACCGACCUCGACGUCACGUACAAGUGGAAGGCCUUUUUGAGCACUCGGACAGCCGCCUACUACGCCACAGUCACCUUUUUCUGGGCCUGCAUCAUUACCAGUUUUGCUGUCAACGUCAUUCCCAACUGGUCAGACACAGACUUUAACUUUAGCACCGCGGAGCGAAACAUCCAUCCCGACCCCGUUACAGGUAAAGCCAUUCUCAACACAGAUGAAGCGGGAUACCCACCAUACUACACGCCGCGUCUCAAUGGUCUCCUGUUCGCGGGCGGCAUGCAGGCCAUUGUGGAGCUCUCCGCCGCCGUGCAAUGGGUCCUCUCAACGCCUCCAUUCCUGAUCCUCUUCCCCCACGUCUUUACCAUCUACCUCAUCCAUGGCCUAGUCUUUUGGUCCUACGGCUCCUGGCUUAUGGUGUUCCUUGCCGAUCGGGGCUUCAGCUACGGCGUCAACAUUGCCAUUGUAGGCGUAACCUCGUACGGGGUCCUCUUCGCUGCGCUCCCGAUAGUCACGCCCAUCAUUGAAGCCCUCGGAAAAGACAUGACUGCUCUGGUUUGGAUGACGGCAACAAACAAGUCUCCUCCACGCCGCCGCACCCUCUUCCCCUACCCAGACGACCUCUUUACCGGCCGCCAGAUCAACGAAAAGGAAGACAGCACCACGGGUGAUAACAAUACCGGCGACGUCGAAUCGGGCCUCGCACAACGCCCAAGCGACGACAGCAGAAGCAGCCCCGAAAAUGGCAAUGGCAAAGGCAAAGGCGUCGCCCGGAUAGCCGAAUACGAAAUCCAUGCUUUCUCCACCGACGACGAUCUACACUCUAGUCGAGUCACAAGUCGGUUUAGCGGGUAA